AUGGACGCCGGCUCCUCUUUCGAGGCUGAGAGGGAACCCGAGAGUAUGGCGGCCACCAGCUCUGGCGUCUCGUCUGCCUUUGAGAGAUUGCCCGAGGAGAUCAUUCAGCAGAUACUUCAACUGACCGAACCAAACUCAUUCGCCUCAGCAGUGCUCCUGAACACAAAAUGGCGGCGGGUCUCUCAGCAAGCACAUCUUUACGCCCACCAACUUUCGCAUUGUCCUUCGUAUGCGGCGAGCCAUAGCGCUUCGCCGCCUGCUUCUGUCAAGGAUGAGGAUCUGCCGCGCUUGCGACGUCUCUUCUCGCGAGAGAUCAAGCGCAACUUAUUUGAGGUCUACUUGCGCCCGAAAACGACGACGAUAAAGCUGGUAUCCAACUCGAUCAGCUCUUCCUCUGCCCCUGGCGGCGAGGGUAUGCAGUUCAGCUCUUCGCCUCGGGGUCAUCAUGUCCUUGCCUACAAUUCGUCUCGAAUCUAUGUGCUGGACUUGAGAGGAUCUGAUCUGGAAGUGCGGCGCGAACUCAAAAUUUUGCGCCGCCCAGUUUCUACAUGUAUUCUAGACGACGGCACCGUUCUCGCUGUAUUGUCCUCUGAUAUGCAGGUCGAUAUCUACGACCUCCGAGAACAUCCCCCGAGGCGCACGCAAUCUUUGAUAUUGGAUCAUUCCCCUCGAACUAUAGCGCUGUCGCCUUGCGGAAGUGUACUGGCGGCUGCAUAUGAGGGGGGUAUCGAAGUAUCAUCUCUUGGCACCGGUGCUAUGUCUACAGACCGGAGAGCCGUCAAAUGCGACGCUGUGGACUAUCUGGCUUUCUCAUCAGAUGGCACACAGCUUUUGGGCACGACAACCUCUGCACACCAGUCAAAUACUGUCAUCCUCACCGCGCCGUACUAUGAUCCCGGCGCCCAAAUGGCGGAAGACAACAUCAGUGCAUUGUGGACCACCUCCAUCUUAUUUCCAAACACUAGUCGUGACUGCAGCCAUGCUACGUUGCUGCAAGAGUCGGGCUCUCAGGAAGCAAGCUGGACUUUUACCUACGACCGCAGUUUCGAGACCUUCCGUGCCGUCCGCAUCGACGAUCUCCGGAAUGGAACAACGUACUUUACUGGACCGGCUCCAACCUCGAGAACAGCUGCUCACAGUACAUUUUUACCUUGCACCUUACCUGCGGCCACCAAUUGUGGUGAUAUUGUCUCUGCCGGGUUUGAAGGCAAGGAUGUCUGGAUAUACGGCGUCCCCGAAGAUCUGGAGGCUGUUCCAGAAACGCAUACCGAGUCGGCGGUGCCUGGCCUGAGUCGGCACAGCAGUGCUCCGUCCAUGCGCUCGCCUUCCCGAUCACAGGAACCGGUAGGAGGCAGAGUCCUUCAAUGGCAAUUAUUGUGUGACAGAAAUCGCAACACAUUUGUUGGUGGGCGUAAAAUUGCGCAGCUACAUCGUGUGACCACGGUCAAAUGGGUUGCUGGAUAUGGCGAUUUUUCAUUCCAGGAGCGACUGGUCAUCGCUGCUCAAGGUGUCAUGCCAGCGAAACUCAUCACUGAGGAGGACGGCAUGGACUUUGUUGAUGGUGGCAGGUUGACACUUGUGGACUUUGAUCUCGGUUUCACCGACGGCAAGGAUACGGAAGUCACCAUUGAGGUGGGAACAAAAGAGCCCGAGGUCCUGGAAGAGGAACUUCGAGACAUGGCUACGGAAGUCGCCAUCGUAAGAAGACGGACUGUAGCCCAAAGGGGGGGCGUCCGCUCCGGUCUCAUGCGAUCAUCAACUCUUGCCGAUCGUCAAGCAGAUGAUUUGCUGAGGCCGCCUGUUCCACCAAUUCCUACAAAUGAUGACGACCCUCUGCUCCCUAGGCGUAUGACAGGGCCUCGUACAGAGGCUCGGAGAGCCUCGAUCCAUGAGGAUCCAGAAGACCCGACCCUAGAAGAUGUUCAGGAGGCCCUCGAUGCACCUUAUGCACAUGCAAGCCCACGCACAGCGCCAACUCUGCGACGUGCCGCGACCGCGGCCGCUGUGAACCGGCGGCUCCAUCCCUCGGCCGCAAAUGGCGGCCAUGUGGAAUACAGACGCGCAGAUGGUAGGGCAGAGCAUCCCCAUGAGAGCGACGCUGAUAAUUGGGUUCCGCCUCCUCCACCGUAUGCCAAGGAGGAUCCUGGCGAUGUACCCUCUUUCCUACGACAUGCCGCAAUUCCAGGAGUAGGUCUGAGCCCGGUUCCCCAGGGCACUUCGAACUCAACGACCUACACCGCGCCUGUGUUGCCAAACAUCAGCCCUCAAGCACUGCAACAAGUGCCACGUUCAAUACAUUCUUCAGGAUCAGGACAAGUAUCCCAAGGGUCUAACAAUUCACACGGACGGCCAGAACUGGCGAGGUUACAAACCUCCCCAGCUUCGAAAAGGCAUUCAUGGCAACAAGGUCACUCACGACCGAGACCAGGAAGUGCUUCGGUGGACGCUAGUCAAGGCUACUCACACAUGUCAUCAGAACGAGUGCCGAAUACCGCCCAUCCAGGGCAUUCCCAGCUGUCACGGCACACUGACCAAGAAGAUGAUCUGUACGAUGUUUCACCAGUAGAGCGACCAUCACAGUCAGCGCAAGUUCCACAGCUACACAAGAUUAAUACAGACACUCCCAGAUAUGAGUAUGGUGGUACACAUACGUCACCAUCUGGUAACUAUUCAGCAAGCACAGGAAGGAGCGCAUCUUCAUCUGAGGCGCAAUCUGCCGCUACCACUACAUCUUCGGGCGUAAUGGCCAACGGCCAGCCCUUGAAUGUGAGAAUACCUCCACAAGGUGCCGAUGACACUGGGAGCAACAAGACAGCCGAAAGUCCUCAGAUCGGGCGUCUAGCGAAUGCGUUCACGUGGCCUCGAGUUCGGCAAAUGGGGUCGUCAGGAGGGGCACAUAUUGGCGGGUACCCUCAUUCGGCGCCAGCAAUCGAUACCAACAAUGCCGAAAUCAUAGCGGCAUCUUUGCCACCGGCUCCAACGUCUGAUCAGCUGACCAGAUUGAAUAGUCGCCGGGAUUCUAGACCACCACGGCCGGCCUCGGGCAGUUUUCAAGUGCCUCGCGUUCCAGUCGGUCGCGUUUUACAUGACCGCGGCCGUUCAUCAUCGGGAGGGAGCGGUCACUUCUCUGGAGCUCCUGAGCCAGAGCAGCCAUUGAUCAUUAGCACUCCCAAGGGCGUCUCGGGUGCCUUUGACGCUCCUAAUCAUGACCACUCACAACAAUUCGAUAAUGGGGAUCCGGUGAUAUUCGCUCCCGUGCCUCGUCAUCCUGGUCCACAAGCUGGCGCCAGCAACAGUCGACCAACUGUGGAGCGACUGGAGACAAUCUACAGUAUCAGAAGUGUCGAUAGUCGAAAUGUGAACCAUAAUAUGCUCACAUUGCCUCUGCACAAUGGGCAAGGACAGGCGAUCCCAAUUCCUCCGGCACCACCCUCAGCUGCGCUUACCACGUCCUCGCUGCGGCACCACUCCAGUCUUAACAGACGGCCAAGUCGUGCUCGCAGAAGUGCCGCCAAAAAUAUCAAGGAUGCCAAAAGCCGGGGGUGGACUGGUCGUCGAAAACAAAAGAAAGAGAGCGAUGCCAUGAGUCUCGCCUGGACUGACGUAACGUGGGCGUCCAAAGCGCCGAGGGACGGACCGGGCAAGGAGAAAAAGUGUGCUGUAAUGUAG